AUGACACCCCUUCGUUUCCGCUCCCUCUUCCGCUAUCUCCCAUUCAUAGCCCUCGUAUCCCUCGUCGCCCUUCUCCCGGCAGUUGACGCGGCCCACAACUCCGUCUACCUCAUCCGCAACGCCGAAGAGCCCUCCCUCGGCUUCGCAGGCCUGACCCCCGUUGGCCAGAAACGCGCUGACGAGUGUCUCCCAAAAGUCUUCGGCGCGUCCUCAGCGUAUAACAUUGGCUUGAUCAUCGCCUGUACGCCAGAUGUCAACACCACCGAUUGCCAUACUUCCAUCGCGACAGCGAAUCCGCUCGCUACUGCUCUGAAGUUGACUGUGAACACUCAAUGCUCUACGAUCGAAUCCAAUACAACCUCGCCCACUUGUGUCCCCGAUCUCAUCAACACCUUCAGCAAGAACAGCGAUAAAAGCAUUCUCAUCGUCUGGGAUGUUGAACACAUCGGUGACCUCCUUGACGAGUUCGAUCUAGAGAACGACGAGCCUGACUAUCCCGAAGAAUGGCCUGAUAUCAUUUUCACGCUUCGCAAUAACUACUUCAUCGGCCAGGAAUCCCAGAACUGCCCCGACAUUGACGGUCCUUCUACUGGCGCAGCCGCCAAAGCCUCUACCACCUCUUCAUUCCGUUCAGCCAGCCUCGGCGCUCCCACCCUCGACGAACCCAUAACCACCACCGAAGGUGAUGCUCCAGUCGAAGGAGAGCCCACUGAAAGCGAGGCACCCACCAGCGAAGCCGUCCCCGAACCUGUCACCACUAUCGCCGUCCCAGAGGCUACUCCCACUGAAUCCGCCGUAUCAGAAGAGACUCCCUUGCCCACCGAAUCCACUGACCCCGCUGCCGUCCCCGAGCCAACCGCGGCACCGACCGAGGAAGCCCUCGUCGAGCAGCCUCCCGUGCAGAAGAUGAGGCGCAGGCACAUGAAGAAGCGUCUCUCCUUCGAGGACAGGUUCAUUCAUUGA